GUAGAGAGUAGUGUCUCAAGUAACGUGCUUAGAGAAUUGAGAGUAGGUGGUCUCUUGUGGUUCUCUUAUCCUAGGAAGACAACCGCCUAUCAUUUGAUUCUAAGUGCUACUCCACCAAGCACCAAAUUCAUAUUCCUGAUUUUGUUCCUAAAACACAGUUGCAAACUAUGGCUAGCUCGGCCUACCAUUCUGCCAUUAAUCAUCAACUUUCUCCAUUGUUGAAUAACUCUUCCUCUUUUGUUUCUCCUCAAACUACCCUCUUCAUUCCUUCUUCACCCAUUGAAUUCCACAAAUACCCUUUUAGAAUCUCUUCUGAAUUAGCUCCUAAAGCUCGAAUUGUUGCCCGCCGAAAAGAGACUGUUCCUGUUCAGCAGCUUCAAAGACCUCUAUUGGAUUAUAUGAGCUUGCCUGCAAGUCAAUACUCAGUGUUGGAUGCAGAGAGGAUAGAGAGAGUGGAUGAAACUACAUUUAGGUGUUAUGUUUACAGGUUUAAAUUCUUCAGUUUCGAGGUUUGUCCUGUUUUGUUAGUUCGUGUGGAGGAGCAGCCUGAUGGGUGUUGUAUCAAGCUUUUAUCCUGCAAGUUGGAGGGAUCACCAAUUGUGGUUGCACAAAAUGACAAAUUUGAGGCUUCCAUGGUGAAUCGUAUAUCUUGUGAUGGAAAGCAAAACAAUGGAAUGCAGCAGCUAACUUCUGAUGCAAUUAUUGAGGUCAGCAUUGAUGUACCAUUUCCAUUUCGGGGAAUUCCAGUACAAAUGAUUGAAUCAAGUGGAUCACGAGUACUUGAGCAGAUACUUGGGCUUAUGCUUCCUCGCUUUAUGGCACAGCUUGUUAAGGAUUAUCAAGCAUGGGCUUCAGGGGAUACCUCAAGGCAGCCUCUUGGAACUGGUCAGAUUUGAGCUCGCAAGUCGCAACUAAUACUUUUCUGUCACUUCGUCUUCUGUAUUGUACAAAUCUACAAGUGUUUGUUUUAUUGUCCCUAAACUACAACAAAUAUGAAACUGUUUCUAGUUUGCUUCCUUUCUCAUUACAAAAUGCAAUACUUGUUUGUGUACUUUGCUGUGAAACAAGCGUCUCACGCCCUCUUCUGGACCAAAAGUUUUACCAAUGUUUAUUAUAGUCUUCUUGAUCAUAUUAAGAUCGUGUUCGGUAUCAAAUUUUGAAGGCGGAAACUGAAUAAAUUUAAUGUAUCCAUCUGAUUUUGUUUGGUUGGUGAAAGUAGCAAAAACUGAUUGUUCAGGAUAACUAAUACCCAUGAUUUGUUACCUGAUCAAUCGUUAUUAUAUUAUAUUAAUUUGACUUAAAGUUGCCCUCAUUUUGUGUGAAGUGUGCGAAUGUAGUGUCUUUUGUCACAUCGUAAGACGAGUCCAUAUAAUAGCCCAUUUCUUCAAUUGAUUACUUUAAAAUCAUAAGUAAUCGUUUUAAGCUUAUAAGUGAUAAUUCUAAG